AUGGAUCAGACAUCCAAUUUUGUUGAUCUGUUGAACAGUCAACAAGAUACUGUCCAUCCGUAUGCUAGUUUUUCACAACUCCCUACUCAAACUUCAUCCUUCUGUGAAGACUCACCCACAGAGCGUAGAGAAAGAAAGAAAUGGACAGUCACAGAUGAUCUAGUGCUCGUUAGCGCAUGGCUAAACACGAGCAAGGACCCAGUCGUUUGCAAUGAGCAGAGAGCAGAUGCUUUCUGGAAACGCAUUUCAGCCUACUUUGCAGCAAGUUCAAAGGUGGAAAGAGGUCAUACCCGAGAGCCCAUUCAGUGUAAGUCAAGGUGGCAGAAGAUGAAUGAUCUGGUGUGCAAGUUCUGUGGAGCUUAUGCGGCAGCAACAAGGCAGAAAAGCAAUGGCCAGAACGAGGCAGAUACUGUUAAACUGGCACACCAAAUCUUCUACAAUGACCAUAAGAUUAAGUUUAAUCUUCACCAUGUUUGGGAGGAGCUGAGGAAUGACCAUAAAUGGUGUGAAGUUAGUAGCUCGAAGGUUGAUGGAAACGGUAGGAAGAGAAAGUAUGAUGAUUUGACACAAUCUGAAAGCUCUCAAGCACCUUCAAAUCUCGGAGAUGAUCCAACUAAACGUCCUCCUGGUGUUAAGGCUGCGAAAGGAGAAUAUAGUAAGAAAAGUAUAGCAGAAGACCAGGCUCUUGCUCAGUUUGAGACCAUGUGUUCUAUUAAGGAGAAAGAUUUGGCUGUUAAGGAGAAAGAUUUGGUUGUUAAGGAGAGAGUUUCGAAGAUGUCUUUGCUUGACAGUCUCAUUUCCAAAAAAGAGACACUUUCUCAAGCUGAAUAA